AUGAUAUUUGUGCUUAUAUUUCUGUCUGCUUUGUUUCAGGAAUUUGCAGCGCUUACGAAAGAGCUAAAUGUAUGCAGGGAGCAGCUGCUUGAAAGGGAAGAAGAAAUUGCUGAACUGAAAGCAGAAAGGAAUAAUACAAGGCUAUUACUGGAACAUUUGGAGUGUCUCGUCUCCAGGCACGAGCGAUCUCUCAGAAUGACCGUUGUAAAGAGACAAGCACAGUCUCCAGCAGGAGUUUCUAGUGAAGUAGAAGUUCUCAAAGCACUAAAAUCUUUAUUUGAACACCAUAAAGCCCUUGAUGAAAAGGUAAGGGAGAGGUUACGAGUAGCACUUGAAAGAUGUAGCUUAUUGGAAGAAGAACUAGGUACUACACAUAAGGAGUUAAUGAUUCUGAAAGAGCAAAAUAAUCAGAAGAAAACACUUCCAGAUGGGAUGCUGGAUAUAAAUCAUGAACAAGAAAACACACCAACCACAAAUGGGAAGCGAUCCUCUGAUGGUUCUUUAUGCCACGAUGAAAACCUGACUAAAGUGAUUGAACUCCAAGACAUCAUAGAUAAGCAAAACAAAGAGCAGACACAAAUGAAAGAGCGUCUUACUGCUUUGUCUAGCAGAGUAACAGAGCUGGAAGAAGAUCUUGACACAGCUAGAAAAGACUUAAUAAAAUCUGAAGAAAUGAAUACAAAGUUACAGAGAGAUGUAAGAGAGACUAUGGCCCAAAAGGAAGACAUGGAAGAGAGAAUCACAACUCUUGAGAAACGCUACCUCGCUGCACAACGUGAAGCUACAUCUGUGCAUGACCUCAAUGAUAAACUUGAAAAUGAAAUUGCCACUAAAGACUCCAUGCAUCGACAGAGUGAAGAUAAGAACAGGCAACUGCAGGAACGACUGGAACUAGCUGAGCAGAAGCUGCAGCAGACUUUGAGAAAAGCUGAAACUUUGCCGGAGGUGGAAGCGGAGCUGGCACAGAGAGUUGCAGCGCUUUCAAAGUCUGACCUUUUGUCUCCUGGGAGCUCUGCUGCUAAAGAUGCUAAAGUAUUGGAACUUACCACCAAGCUUAGGAAGGCUGAAGAGAGACAUGGCAAUAUAGAGGAACGACUGAGACAGAUGGAAGCACAGCUAGAAGAGAAGAAUCAAGAACUGCAAAGGGCUAGACAGAGAGAGAAGAUGAAUGAAGAGCAUAAUAAACGUUUGUCAGAAACGGUUGAUAAGCUUCUGUCGGAAUCUAAUGAAAGGCUCCAGCUUCAUCUCAAGGAAAGGAUGGCUGCCUUGGAAGAUAAGAAUUCACUUCUUCGAGAAAUUGAAAAUGCAAAAAAACAAGUAGAGGAACUUCAGCAUGAAAAGGAUCAACUUGUAUUAAAUGUUGAAACAUUAAGGGCUGAAAAUGACCAAGUGAGACUCAGAGCCACAUCACUUCAUCACAGCCGACCGGAUUUCAGAUACCCUUCGUCUGUGGCCGACAGUCACACAGAUUCCUAUGGCACCUCAGCAGUUUUAAGGCGUCCCCAGAAAGGGCGUUUGGCAGCUCUGAGAGAUGAACCGUCAAAGGUUCAAACUCUGAACGAGCAGGACUGGGAGCGAGCCCAGCAAGCGAGUGUUCUGGCGAACGUGGCACAAGCGUUUGAAAGCGAUGUCGAUGUGUCUGAUGUCGAGGACGACAGGGAGACUAUAUUCAGUUCAGUUGAUCUGCUGUCCCCAAGUGGUCAGGCUGAUGCUCAGACUUUGGCCAUGAUGCUUCAAGAGCAGUUGGAUGCAAUCAACAAAGAGAUUAGACUUAUACAAGAAGAAAAGGAAAACACAGAGCAGCGUGCGGAGGAGAUUGAAAGCAGAGUUGGUAGUGGAAGUUUGGAUGCCCAUGGCCGAUUCCGGUCCAUGAGCUCCCUUCCUCCUCCCUAUGCAAGUGGUUCACUUGCUGGGUCGUCCCCGCCUGGCAGUGGCCGCUCCACCCCACGGCGGAUUCCACAUAGUCCAGCUCGGGAGGUGGACAGACUGGGGAUCAUGACACUGUCCCCAGCUUCUAGAGAAGAGGUACGAGAUGAUAAAACCACAAUAAAAUGUGAGACAUCCCCACCUUCUUCACCUCGAUCUUUGCGUUUGGACAGAGUCCAAAAAGGAGCUUUGCAUACAGUGAGCCAUGAAGAUAUCAGGGACAUAAGAAAUUCGACAGGCUCGCAAGAUGGGCAAACCAGUAACCCGAGUAGCAGUAAUAGUAGCCAAGAUUCCCUUCAUAAAGCCCCCAAAAAGAAGGGGAUCAAAUCUUCUAUUGGCCGCUUGUUUGGCAAGAAAGAAAAGGGACGACCUGGACAAACAAGCAAGGAAGCAUUAGGGCAAGUUGGCGUGGCAGAAGGAGACGGUUCCUCUCAGGAUGCAUUGGGUCUCAGCAAACUUGGAGGUCAGGCAGAGAAAAACAGGAAAAUG